AUUGAAAAUGGUAUCACAUCUUUUCUGCUUUUUGUCUCCCCUUCGCCGGUCGUCACAUUUGGUCCCGUCUCUCGGCUCGUCCUCCCACAGGCUCGUCAGCUGAUUCUGCAGCACGGCCUCACGCUGUCGGAUCUGGACAGGCACCCAGAGCUGGACGUGGCGAUUGACGGAGCGGACGAAGUGGACGCAGAUCUCACGCUGAUAAAAGGUGGAGGCGGCUGCCUCACGCAGGAGAAGAUCGUCGCCGGCUGCGCUAAACACUUCGUUGUCAUUGCAGACUACAGGAAGGACUCCAAGGCUCUGGGUCAGCAGUGGAAGAAGGGAGUUCCCAUCGAGGUGAUCCCCAUGGCGUACGUUCCCGUCUCCAGGACGAUAGCCAAACGUUUCGGAGGGGAGGCCAACUUACGGAUGGCUGUCAGCAAAGCA